CAUUGGAAUAACAGCUAACAUAGACCUACCGUUCAACUUCAUAGAUCAAUGAUCACUUUUUUGGUGUAGAAAAUCACCGAUCAGAAUUGAGUUUGAAGUUAAAUCCUCCUUCUUUCUCUAACAGAUAAAACUAGUAUGUGCUAAAAUUCAUAACAAAAUUGUGAUUUAUAUGUUAUUAUUUAUCACAAUUUUGUAGAUUUCUUUGACUCAUGUCUCUACUGAAUCAACUCUUCAACAGGGGACUUCAAGGCUCAAAAUGCAAGACAUGCUUGACCUUGGCGAUCUCACGAAUCAAAUUAUUACAAAACAAGAGAGAUGCACAGCUCAAACUUAUGCGCAAAGAGAUAGCCCAAUUUCUGCAAGCUGGCCAGGAAGCCAUAGCUCGAAUUAGGGUUGAGCAUAUUAUACGUGAGCAAAAUGUAUGGGCUGCUUAUGAGAUUUUGGAGUUGUUCUGCGAGUUCGUUUAUGCCCGCGUGCCUAUACUCGAAAGCCAAAAAGAAUGCCCUUCAGAGUUGCGGGAAGCUGUUGCAAGUAUAAUCUUUGCAGCUCCAAGAUGUUCAGAUUUGCCAGAUUUAUUGCAUGUCAGGAAUCUAUUUGCAGCCAAAUACGGAAAGGAAUUCAUAGCCGCCGCAUCUGAGCUUCGGCCUGAUACAAGUGUUAACCGUACAAUUGUUGAGAAACUUUCAGUCAGCGCUCCAUCAGCUGAAAUAAAGCUUAAUGUAUUAAAGGAAAUUGCAAAAGAGUACAACGUGGAAUGGGAUUCUUCUAACACAGAAGAAGAAUUGCGUAAAAAGCCAGAGGACCUUUUGAAUGGACCAAAGCAAAUUGCCACACCUGCUCGGGCAUCUGUAGAACCAAACACUCGUGAUCAUCCACCAACUUCUGAAAAUACGGUGUCGUCUCCAAAUGGCAAUCCGGGAGCUAGAAGACUUGAAUCUCCAACUUCUGUUACUAAAGCACCUCUAUGGCCUACUGAUGUAUAUAAACCGUUACUUGGUGACAGCAGUUUGGGCGCACCAAUCGAUAUAAAGAAGGAUACAAGACCAGAAACAUCAGAUGUAUUAGAGAGAGCUCGGGCUGCUAUUUCUGCUGCAGAGCGUGCAUCUGCUGCUGCCCGACUUGCUGCAGAUUUGGUCAACGUCAAGUUCAGUUCUUCAAUUGUAGGGGAUAGCAAGAGUUAGUGAAGUUGUUGUUUCGACUUUAGAUCUGAGGUUUCAUGCCUCUGUUUUUAUGUGUGUUUGAGAGAGAGAGAGAGAGAGGGAGGGAGAGCGAUAGGAUCCUAAUUCUAAUUUCAUCGUCAUGGCAGCUUCUGCGGAUGAGACACUGUUAUAGAAGAAAAAGGCACAUAAUAAGUUGGUUAUUCACUUCCUCGCUCCAUCCUGAUGUAUAUUUCGAAUGUUUAUACAUAUGUUGGUGUUUUUGUUAUUCUCAAGUGACCAGUUGUUUGUAAAAUAUGAAUUGUAAGAAUUCUGAGUUUCAUUGCUUAAGUAAAACUUUAUCGUGCUUCAUUCUCAA